AUGUGCCUCUUCUUGCAUGGACCAGGAAGUGGUAAGAAUGGGAAAGACAAGGCAUACAGCCGACCUGGCAGCAGCGACUCCAGCAGAGACAAACAGAAUGGGAAGAAACCCGCAGGCCCCCUGGUCCUCCAACUCUCUGUGAAAGAAGCCACCGUCACCAAAGAGGCCCUCUCCUUUGCCCUCAGGACCCUCUAUAACCCAGAGGCAUGUCCUGAACACUGGGGAGAGGGGGUGCUCUCUACCGCCGCCCUGCUGGGCCUGCCACACCUUUUCCAGAGGUGCCUAACAGAGAUGAUAAAUAAGAUCAGCUCCUCCACUGUGUGUAUCUUUCAUCGCGUGUCCUGCAAGUUUAAGGAGACCAGUCUUCAGAGAGCGUGUGAGCGAUGGUUGGAGCUUUACCUGGUGACUGAGUUGACAUGUUUCAUCUACCUGAGAGACUUACCCUUUGAACUCCUCCACAAGACCCUAAGUUCACCCAGGGUCUUUGCUGCCUGUGAGUACCAGCUCCUGAAGACAGUGCUAUACUGGGUAUUCCUACAGUUCAACCCUGCAGCUCAGAUCCUUCCCUCUCAUCGGUUCAUUAUGACCUUCUUCUCCAGUUGGCCGAGGGCUGGCGUCUUCUUGGAACAGCCUGUGGGACAGAGGUUCACCGUUCUCUUCCGGGCCCUUCGCUUACACGGCAUCACUCAGCGUGAGUGACAACGCCAAGUCCAUCGACCUUUCAAAGCUCCAUGACGUAACACUAAAACCUAGAAAACAUCAAGUCUGUUUUGCUAU